UGAUGGCGAAGGGUGAAAAAGGUUGGGUUUUUAACAAAUUUCUACCUUUAAAACAGUCUAUAAUUUAGUGUACCAUGUACAUUUAGGUACAAAACUAAAUUUUAACUACUAGAUUUAGUUUUUGCAGAAAAUGAUCGAUGUUAGUUCGCAGAAUUUCCUAAAUGAUGAGUAUGUUAUAAGUAAUAAUAUAACGUCAAUAUUGAACCAAAGACUGUUUUACACCACCCGCCAAAUACAUGAAUCCAAAACCAUGCAAGAAAUUAUUCCUGGAGUCUACCUAGGUCCCUUUACAGCUGCACAAAGGAAUAUUCUUCUAGAAAAUGGCAUUAACCAUGUUAUUUGUGUUCGACAGGAAUAUGAAGCACAUUUUGUGCCUGAAAUAAAUAAUGAUCCCAAUAUUGCAUAUCUUACUUUAAACAUAGCUGAUAAUGUAACUGAGAACAUUAUUAGAUUUUUUCCCAAAGUGCGUCAGUUCAUAGAUGAUGCUCUUUCUAAUAAUUGUAAGGUUUUGGUACAUGGUAAUGAAGGUAACUCCAGAAGUGCUACCCUGGUUCUAGCUUAUGUCAUGGAGAAGUUUGGUUUAAGCUCAAGUGAAGCUCUACAAUUUGUAAAAGCUAAAAGAGCUACUGUAGACCCCAAUGAAGGUUUUCGUGCGCAACUCAUAGAAUACGAGCCUAUUUAUAAAGCACGUCAAAUCAUGGCCAAUGGAGAAACAUCAUGUGAUUCCAGAUCAAAAAGAAAGUGUGAACAACUUACAGAAACUGUGGACUAUAAUGUUAUACAGAGGCCGCCUACACCAAACAUGGAUAGUACUAGUGAAAUAAGUGUGAAGGCUUGUGAAGAUUUUUCAGAUCAUCUGUAUAGGCUUCUGAGAGGCAGCUAGAGUAAUGAUUUAUGGACUUUUAUUUAAAUAUAAAAGUAUCAGGUUUGUUUAAUAAAUACUUUUAAAAUAGGGCUCCAACAGAUGCACUGAAUUAUGUUAAAUACUGAAUAAUUUUUAUUUUAGAACACACCAUUUCAACAUGUUUACUAUUGGUGCUUUGUUGUAAAAGUUGAUAUUUCUGAAGACAGGCAUUCUCAGCAUGAUAUUGACUGAAUUCUAUCAGUUGCAAUUUAAACUCCUUUUCGUAUAACUCCAUCCAUUGUUACAAAAUGAAUUUCGUUUAUAUUAUGGACAAUUUUAGUUUAAAUUAAAAAAUACCUUAAAAUAAAACAGUUAAAACAAUCUUGUUAGGAUGAUGUGCUUUAAAAAUAUGUAGGUAUUUAAGUAUUUCAAACCACUUUUGAGAAAAAAAAUUAUCUAUGAUAAUUUUAAGUAACAAAUAGCCUUUUAAGCUCACAUAAUAAGAUAUUUUUAAGGUUAAAUACACCUCUAUAACUUGAUUGAUUGAUAAAUAUACAAAUGACAGUGACAUAAAUAUCAAAGUUUGUUGAUUUUUGUUUGUAAGAUUUAUCUAAAAUUAAUUUCAAAACCCCCUAUUAUAAAACUUAUUAAUAAGACUAAUUAGUGACAGUUAAUGUACUGAAUUUUCCAAAUUUGUAUAUCAUAAACUGUCACUGGCAUUUUUUAUAACAAAAGACUUUCCAUUAAAAUAAUUUGAUUUUGUUAAGUUUUGAGUUAUAAUUUAGAUUUUAUUUUUUUAUGUUUUUUAAAAUUUGGAGCCAGUACCAUAAAAUGCCAGUGUUAUAAAACAGUGAAGUAUUAAAUAAAAUAUUACUUGAAUGGUGUCAUAAAUAUCAAGCCUAGAGAAAUUUGAUUUUAAUAAAAAUAGUUUCAAAUUUUGUAGUUUUAUAAUUAUUAGACGAAGAAAAUAUAUUUUUAAUUUUCAUUAUAUAUUUGAAUUACGAUACGAUUUAGUGUUCUCUAUCAUACAGGUUUCUUUUUAAUAUGUGUCGGUACACCUAAUUUUUUCCAAAACUAAAAGUUUUAUCAAAAAAAUCGUCGUAGUAACGAUUUGUAUAGAUUUUUUAUGGGUACUAUUGAGUGAGGAAUAUUGAUUUUCAUUAGCUAUCAUCCUUGUGACAGUUUUUUUUUUUUUUUUUUUUU